UCUCUCUCUCUGCGAGACAGUUUCUCUCUGCUUCACCUCUCUCUCUCUCUCUCUCUCUCUCUCCAUUUCUUUCUCUAAACUCAUCAUCGGAUCUGAGUUCCCCCAAGGAUAUAGGCAUAGCCCCUCGUCCCAAUACUGUCCGAUCUCUGCGUUCCCCCACACAAUCACGCUCUCCGAGCAGCCGCCGCGCCGUCUCCACACUUUCAUCCGUACGUACAUAAGUGACCAGAAAGGGGGGGCAGUUUAUCGGGUCAAGGCCCGGCCCGGAUGGAUCGGGCAUUGUGAGGCGGAGGCGGAGUCGGAGUCGGAGGUCAUUGAUACAUACGAUGAGCAAAGCCGGAAAGGAGGAAGACGACGAGGAGGAGUGUUUCCAUGACUCGCUCGACCGACUGCUUUCCUCUGCCAACACUUCCUGCUCUGGUUCUCCUUCCAAUUCCGACCCCGAUGAAGACGUCCUCGAUCUGACCACCAGCCCCGACCGGACCGAAGCCGUCCCCAAAUUCCCCUUGGGGGUGUCUCGAAACUACGACGUUUGGAUCUCCCAGCCGUCGUCGGUGGAGGAGCGCCGCGUCCGCCUCCUCCGUCAGAUGGGGCUGGCUCGCGAUCCUGCCCUUAUCCGCCAACACCCCUCCCUCUCCUUCUCCCUCUCAUCCCGUCGAUUGACCUCCCUCGGUGAGACAUCUUACAGUACUAAUGAUGAUGGUGAUAAUAAUAUUAAUAAUAAUAGUAAUAGCAAUCAUAGUAAUCGUAACAAUACAUUGAGAAUACUUGAGAAUAGUAGUGAUUGUAUUAAUGGUGAUGAUAGUAUUAAUCGCAACGGUAGAGUGUGUGGGAUUUUCCGAUCGAAGUCAGAUGGAAAUUGCAGUUCGUCUCCCAAGUCUUCCCACGUUCAAUCGACGGUGACACGAACUCAUGUAAAUAGUGGCGAUGAUCGCGGAGACGGUGGUCAAAAUUGUCCCAUGGAGAGAUCGAGCAGCAGCGAUCAGUUGCCUCCAAAGGUGAAGAUUAGAAUGGAUUGUAAAGCUAAUGGCGUAUCGCAUGAUGCGAAGACUGAGGAGCUGGAUGUAGCAGAUGAUGUCGCUGCUGCUGCUGUGUGUAUGAUAAAGAAUCUUGACAAUGGGAAGGAGUUUGUGGUGAAUGAGGUUGGGGAGGAUGGAACAUGGGAGAAGAUCAAAGAGGUCGAAACCGGGCGCCAGCUAACGAUGGAGGAGUUUUCAUCUGAGAUGUGUGUCGGGACGUCGCCGAUAGUGCAGGAGUUGAUGAGGAGACAAAAUGUUGAAGAUGGGAACAGGGAAGGUUUGGAUUCGAGUUUUGAUGGGAGCUUGGGUAGUUCGUCAAAGAUGAAGAAGAGGGGAAGUUGGUUGAGGAGCAUAAAAAAUGUCGCAAGUUCAGUUACAGGUCAUAAGGAGAGACGAAGUAGCGACGAGAGGGAUACAUCGUCUGAGAAGGGUGGGAGGAGAUCAAGCUCUGCAACAGAUGACAGCCAGGAUGUUUCCUUUCAUGGGCCUGAGAGAGUUCGGGUCAGGCAGUAUGGGAAGUCGGUCAAAGAGCUUAGUGCUCUGUACAAAAGCCAGGAGAUACAGGCACACAAAGGCUCGAUUUGGGCGAUUAAGUUUAGUUUGGAUGGUAAAUAUUUGGCAAGUGCCGGUGAGGACUGUGUGAUUCAUGUGUGGCAAGUUGUGGAAACAGAAAGAAAGGGGGAUUUCCUUUUGGAUAAAUUGGAAGAAGGGAAUCUCAAUCUUCUGUUUCUGGCCAAUGGAUCGCCAGAGCCCUCAUCAAUGUCGCCAAAUUUAGACGGUCAUCUGGAGAAGAAGAGAAGGGGAAGGUCAUCCAUAAGUAGAAAGUCUGUGAGUCUUGAACAGAUAUUGGUGCCCGAGACGGUGUUUAGCCUCAUGGAGAAGCCUAUGUGCUCGUUUCAAGGACACUUAGAUGUCGUGCUGGAUCUCUCAUGGUCCAAGUCUCAGCAACUGCUUUCAUCAUCAAUGGACAAAACAGUGCGGCUAUGGGAUUUGUCGACCAAGACUUGUUUAAAGGUUUUUUCACACAGUGACUAUGUAACCUGCAUCCAGUUUAAUCCAGUCGAUGAUAGAUACUUCAUCAGUGGAUCCCUAGAUGCCAAGGUGCGGAUAUGGAGCAUUCCCGAUCGUCAAGUUGUUGAUUGGAAUGAUCUGCAUGAGAUGGUCACUGCAGCUUGCUACACACCGGAUGGGCAGGGGGCGCUAGUUGGUUCGUAUAAGGGUAGCUGUCGCCUAUACAACACAACAGAAAAUAAAUUGCUGCAGAAAAGCCAGAUUAAUCUGCAGAACAAGAAGAAAAAGUCUCAUCUGAAGAAAAUAACUGGUUUCCAGUUUGCACCUGGAAGUACUUCAGAAGUGCUGGUCACAUCUGCUGAUUCGCGGAUCCGAGUCAUAGAUGGCGUCGAACUAGUUCAUAAGUACAAAGGAUUUCGUAACACGAACAGCCAGAUUUCCGCCUCCCUUACUUCCAACGGCAAAUAUGUCAUCUCUGCCAGUGAAGAUUCUUACGUGUACAUCUGGAGGCAUGAAGGUGCGUCCCAUCCAAAUAGAAGUAAAGGCGUGACAGUGACUCAGUCCUACGAGCUCUUCCAUUGUCAAGACGUAUCCGUAGCAAUCCCUUGGCCAGGCCUCUCAUCCGAAGCAUUCCAAGACACAUUUGUCAGAGGGCAAACCUGCUCUGUCGAUGAUGUUGUAGCCGAGAACCAUCCUACAACCCCAGUCGAAGAAGCCACUGGCAGUGAAGGCUCGCCGCUCCCAUUUGGGUGCAGUAAUAGUAGCCCGAUCAACGGUACACUUUCCAGCGCAACAAAUGGCUACCUCUUUGAUAGAAUCUCGGUAACAUGGCCGGAGGAAAAACUACUUUCGGCCACUAAGAACCGGAGCCCUCAGGUCAGUGUGGAUUACUCGAAUGGGAUGAUAUUCCAGAACAGGUCUGCCUGGGGUAUGGUCAUCGUGACUGCUGGCCUUCGCGGCGAGAUCAGGACCUACCAAAAUUUUGGGUUGCCCGCACGGAUCUGAAUGCCCAAUUGACUCUAAGAGCGAACAAGCAAGCAAAUUUUGGGUUGCCCGCACGGAUCUGAAUGCCCAAUUGACUCUAAGAGCGAACAAGCAAGCAAGCAAACACGCACGCACUCCUUGUGCCCGGAGCUGGCGAAAUCUGUACAGGUGUGGAGAGGUUGUAAUAUUAGCUAGUUUCUCUCUCUUUACGUCGUUUUUUUUUUCUCUUCUUGUGCUCGUGCUGGUCGGACAAGGAUCGUUGCCGACGGCGCUGGUGAAAAAUUUGAUCGAUGGGGUGGGGUGGGAAGUAAAAAGAAGGUGCUAAAGCAUAGCAUUGUUGGGUUGGGUUAGAAAUGGAUUUGAUUACUGUAAUUGGUCUUUUUUGUUUUUUUUGGGAUGAGGGUUGUGAAUGUAGAGUUACGAGUACCACGGGGAUGAGGAGGAAGGAGAGAAGCAUUGUAAUCUCUCACCAAAAUUCUUUUAUCAAUUCAUUCAAUUUCAUUGAGGAGGAAAUUUCCAUUUGUAUC